CAGUCCAGAAGGGGGGAAUAUAUCCCUCAGGCUCCCAGAUCAAACCUGAAUCCUGAUGAGGAAGUAAUUAUCACAAAUUCAGAGUGCUCUCUUCCUUGCUGGUCAGAUUGACUUUUUUUUUUCUCAGCAGCUAGCAUUCACUUCCUCCUAUGAGUAAUAAGAGCAGCUUCACACAGACCGGUCUGCUUGUCAGAUCGACUGAGUAACUGAGAGCAGCUCACACACAGAGACAGCGGGAGAGGCUCGUGCUCCGAUCUACUUGCUGAAUGUGCCGUUGCCGUGGAGACGUUGAUGAACCAGAAUAAGGAGGCGAGGAGGAUUCCCCAACCAGACAGUCCUGAGACGAGAGAGGAGAGGAAACACACACAUUCUGAAUUAGCAUCCGUAAUGGACCACCAGCAGCAGCACGCCAAAGUGGAGCGAUUUCUCAAGUUGGGAUACUCUCACAGUGACAUCCUGAGGGUGCUGGAGAGCCUCCGUCAUGACGCCCAGACCAAUGACAUCCUGGAGGAGCUCAUAAAGACCUGCCACACAUCCACUUACAGCAACAAAAGUGUCCCCAAUAGUCCAAAGCUGGUGCCCAGAGGCUGCAGCCCCGUUCCAAGUCAACCCAGACCUGGAUCCGACAGAGAGCCAGCUGCUGGCUUCAGACCAGUGGUUAUAGAUGGAAGCAACGUGGCCAUGAGCCAUGGCGACAAGAAGGUGUUUUCGUGCCAGGGCCUCCAGCUGGCAGUGAACUGGUUCUGGGACAAAGGGCUGCGGGACAUCACCGUGUUCGUUCCCCUGUGGAGGAAGGAGCAGCCGCGACCUGAGGCUCCCAUCACGGAUCAACAUAUUCUCCAUGAGCUGGAGAGGAGGAAGAUCCUGGUGUACACACCAUCCCGCUGCGUAAACGGCAAGAGGGUGGUGUGCUACGAUGACCGGUACAUUGUCAAGCUGGCCUUCAACUCAGACGGCAUCAUCGUGUCCAAUGACAACUAUCGUGACCUGCAGAUGGAGAAACCCCAGUGGAAGAAGUUCAUAGAGGAGAGGCUGCUCAUGUACACCUUCGCUAAUGACAAGUUCAUGCCUCCAGAUGAUCCUCUGGGUAGAAACGGUCCCACCAUUGAUGAUUUUCUGCAGAAGAAGCCAUGGACCCCAGACAACAAGCAGCAGCACUGUCCUUACGGAAAGAAGUGUACCUAUGGAGUCAAGUGCAAAUUCUACCACCCAGAGCGGGCCAACCAAUCACAGAUGUCUGUGGCAGAUGAACUGAGGGCGCUGAGAGACAAAGCCAAGAAGUUCCCGACCAAACCGAGCCUGCAGGACACACCGUACGGCCCUCUUGUGUAUCAGCCGGAGCACAGAUACACUUCAUCCACCCCUCCGCCUCUCAGCACAGACGAUCAGUCCCACAGGGCUUCACCCAGCGAGCAGUUCCUCUAUCACAGAGACACCAGCAGCCCGAGAAGCCAAUCAAACACGAACCUCCACCUUUGCCCGAGCCCCGAUGUGGACGAGGCCUUCAGCUCCUUGGAGAGCUCUAUGUCCAGGUUCUACAUCCAGGAUGUGCCAUACAGCAUGGAGCGCCCUCUCCACAGCUACAGCAGUGGGGUGGCCAGCUACAGCCAGAGCCACAACGACUACUCCCUCUCAGGGUCAUACGGCGGGAACAACCAGAGGUCCUGCCAGGGCGGAGGAGGUUACUACCCUCAGCAAAACGGUUCGGUGUCCUGUGAGUGCCUUGUGUGCAGCCAUUGCAGGUGUGGUCACCAGCAGACCAGGAUGCCCCCCCACCACCAUGCAGGAUGGGGCUCCUGUCCGGCUUUGUCUCCAAAUAACAGGGAGCAUCCUGGCCUUUUUUCAGAGAAGCAGUACUUCAAACAGCCCUCUAACAGACAGAGCCACAGCUUACCGAGGGACCCAUGGGUGCAAGGCAGCCUCUCUGAUGGCAGGGUGAUCGGCCGGGCCAAGACCCCGUCCAGCGAGCAGAGGAAGGGCCUCAGGAGCCAGCUGAGCACCCUCUUCCCUCAGAGCACAGUGGAACAGGUCAUGAAUGCCUACCCACACGUCUCAGACAUGUCCGAACUGAUUUCUCUCAUCCAGAGCUACAGGACCAGCCACAUCUCCUUCUAGAUUAGAAAGACUCAUUUUGACUCAAGCUGAGCCGACAUUGGAGUUCUCAUCCCAGAAGCAAAGUGAAAACUGAAAAAACCUCUACUUUUCUUGAAAUUACUAUGAAUUUGUGUUACUAUGAAUCAUACUGUGGGAAAACUACCACUGUUGCUUGAACACAUUCCAAACUUUACCUUUAUUUUAGCAUUAAAAAGUGACUCAAUCUGAUGAAGUCUUGAAAAUGUAGCAGACUGAAUGCUAUUUCUUUAUCUUAGUAUGAAGGUGCAAUGCACCAUGCUCCAUACAUGCUACUUAUUGUAGCAGUGACAAAUGUUUUAUUAAAGCAGUUGUUUUCUCAUGUUGCCUCAAAAUGAGGAACUCUAUUACACUAGUCUGUACUUCUGUAAAGAAUGUCAUUGACCCAUUUUUGAUAUGAAUUUUAGAGGCUUGUGUUUUUGCUGUGCAUGUGAAAUAAAAGCUCUCAAACCACCCUGGA